GCCUGAACGAGCUCAGCACCGGGGACUCUGAUGAGACCAGCAGCAGCGAAUCAGAGCACGGCGCCGAUCUGUUCCCAAACAACAGCCGGCCGAGCUUCGGCGACGACGCCACGGAGUCGGACACAGAGACGGACUGGCGGCCGGCCCACAGCCUCCUGGAGCAAGUGUUCGUCACGGACGUCACCGCCAACUUCAUCACAGUGACGGUGAAGGAGUCGCCCGACCAGUGUCGGAUUCUUUAACUCCAGGAAUCACUGAACGCCGUUGGAGACGAACAAUCAGAAACAAACUCUCUCUCAGGGUUCCUACAGCGCUCACUUCCAGCUCGCCACAGAAACACGCUCCAAAUGUUCUGGAACUUUUUUUUAGAGUCCAAACAGACAAAUGGCGUUCCUGAGGUUUCAGCCAAUCAGAGACGCAGCAGAGGGAUCGGAAGUCAAAACCACGUAGGAACCCUGAUGUUUAGAGCCCGUUUACGCCUGAUUUCAAAAUGCGGUCUGUAUUCAGACUUUUUCAUAUUUGCACUCCUGGCGCCCGAAAUUCUCCUGACCCAGCGGGGGCGGGGAUCUCCUGAGGCAAGUCUAUGGUCACGUGCAGGCGGUCUACGUUAUGUGCACGCCACGUGCAGACGGUCUACGUUCGUCACCAAAUUCCCUUAACUUCAGUUUUGUUCGUCGAUGGUCAACCCGCCCGCCCUCUGACAUCAGGAUAUCCGGCGUGUUCGGGGUCGUAUUAAAAGGCGUAAACGGGGUCUAAACUGACGGAUGUUCGACGCCGCCUCUCCAGUGCCUCAGGUUCUUCUCAGAGACUUUCGAGCUCACUGCCUCCGUUCAGCCGUCCGUGACACUAAGUUUGAGUCGUUCAUUUUUGUUCUUUCUUUUGGACCUUUUUUUUCCAAACUGAAUCUGCGGCGUUCUGCGGGACGCCAUGUUUUCUAAAAAAACAAGAACUACUCAUCAAGCGACUGAAAUGUUUCUCUUUGGACCAAAGUUUGAUGAAUGUGAACGAUCUGCACUACACACGGCUUCAUCUCGUCACAGCUUUUAUAACAUGUAAUCCUCGUCUGUCUCGGUGUCUUUUGGAGGUGAAAUAUUUGUUAAUUUAUAUUUGUAAAUAUGUUUUUUUUUUUCUCUGUGAUAAAUAUCUGGUGCUCAUGUUUGGCCGACUAGCUUCAGAUCGUGUAGCCUGUGUGCCUCUCUGACAUUUUCAAAAUAUCUGAAAUAAAAACCAGAAUAAAUAUCUAAUCAAU